GCAAACUUCUGCUUCUGAAGACGCUGACUCCACUUCUUCCCUGCACCCCCAGGAGACGGCGCAAUUACCAGGGAACAGGACCAUCCCAGAAAGGCAUCCCAAGGGUAGGGUGGGAGCCAGAAGGGCUCAGGGCUUGCCUAGUGCUUGCCCACAUGGCCCAGAGCAUGGUUUAUGCUGACCUGAGGUUUGCCAAGGUGAUGGGGGGCCGGAGCAUGGCCAGCCAGGCAUUGGAGGCAGCCCUUGGCAUGGAUGAUGCGGAGAGCCCCUACGAGAACAUGCAGCCGCUGUCGGUGGGGCAGGAUGGGGACAGGGCCCAGCCCAGUCGAGGGCGCUGGUCCUGGUGGCAGUACCUCCCUGCGGGACUGAUAGUAGCUUGCCUGUUGCUGCUGGUGGCCACUGUGGCCCUGGGAACUUGCUACUGGCAGGUCACCCACAGCCUGCAGGACGCCUCCCGGAGCACGCGGCCGAGCGGGGCCGCCUCUCGCAGGAGGUGAGGGCACGGGAGCAGAGCCUGGAGCAGAUGCGGCUGGAGCUGGCGUGGGCCAUGGCAGAGCUGCAGCAAGCGUGGCGGGAGGGCAACAGCAGCCGGCAGGAGCUGGGCAACCUGAAUGCCGAGAUCGUGCGACUCACGGGGGU